AAGGGGAACGGUUGGCCCGUGGCAUCAGAUUUAACACGGAAAGCGUCCCUUUUUGUGUUUGCCAGAGAAAUGGCCGCGGUACCUGCCGAGGAAACGAGCGCCCUGGGCGCUGGGAGCGAUGCACCCCCCGGAAAGACCAACGAGAGCGACCCCGAGAAGAAAGAAAACGGCCUCUCCGAGCCGGAAACUGAACAAACAGGCAGCAGCGGUGAGCCGAAAAUGGACGAGGCGGGCGAAAAGAAGCCCGCUACAACAACAGGCAAGGCCGCGAGGGACGUGGGAACAGACGGCGGCGCUUCGGCGGUCACCCGGGAGGGAGCAGCCGUAUCCGAAGAGCCGGAGGAAAGACCGGGGUCACGGCCGAGCCUGGAAGAAGGCAGCGACGAGCACACCGGGGACGACACGGUUAAAGACGCCAAGGAGGAACCAGACGACGACAGCCGGUGUUCGGUGAUGGACAGCGAGAAGACCGUUUCUAACGGAGUGUGUGAGGACGGGGAUAAAAACAGCGGCGGAGGCGACAAGAGGCGGACGAGCGUGGAGAUCUCAUCCUCGGAUGGCGAACAGUUGAGCCGCUUGGACUCGGAGGACAGCACCAGCAGCAGUACCCUGAUGGAUAUGGAGAGCAUAGUGUCCAGCGGGCGCUCCACCCCUGCCUUGUUAAAUGGACAGAGUAGUGCCAGGUCCUCUGCAGCCAAGACGCUGGCUUACCCCUGCUGCUGGGACCUUUGUCCACAAUGCUUUAACUCCAGUCCGGAUCUGGCCGAGCACAUCAGGGGAAUCCAUGUGGACGGGCAGAGAGGAGGGGUGUUUGUGUGUCUGUGGAAGGGCUGUAAGGUGUACAACACCCCCUCCACCAGUCAGAGCUGGCUCCAGAGACACAUGUUGACCCACAGUGGAGAUAAACCCUUCAAGUGUGUAGUCGGUGGCUGCAACGCCAGCUUUGCCUCACAAGGAGGGUUGGCUCGCCAUGUUCCCAGUCACUUCAGCCAGCAGAACUCCUCAAAGAUGUCCAGUCAGGCCAAACUGAAGGAGGAAUCGCCCUCCAAGGCUGGACUCAACAAGAGGAAAAAAAUCAAAAACAAACGCAGAUGGUCCCUACCAAGGCCCCAGGACUUCUUUGAUGUCCAGACUAUGGACGCUAUUCGUCACAGAGCCGUGUGUCUUAACCUCGCCACCCACAUCGAGAGUGGGGGCAACGGCCACAGCGUUGUCUUUCACAGUACGGUAUUAGCCAGGAGAAAAGAAGGUUCUGGCAAGGUUAAAGUUCUUCUACACUGGACACCUGAAGACAUACUACCUGACGUGUGGGUGAAUGAAACGGAGCGAUCUCAGCUGAAGACUAAAGUAGUGCACUUAUCCCAGUUACCACAGGAUACGGCGAUGUUAUUAGACCCAAACAUCUACCGAGCACUUCCUCAGAAGCGUCUGAAGCACAGCCUGUAGGACGUCAUGUGCGGGGUCAGUAACUUAAAGAGGAAAGUUGUUGAUCAACCUCCGUAUGGGACGGGACGCUCAACAUCUGC